AUUAAAAGUAGUAAAUUAAAAUGCCUAUAUAUUAAAAUACCUGUAUUUGACUCUUGAUUAUAGUUCUAUACAGAAUAAAUGCUGAAAACAAAUGUUUAUUAUAUAUAUAUUUAAAAAGCUUGCAGUUUGUUUGGGUAGGUUUUCACUUUAGUUCAGUUUCCAUGUUUUUAGUAAGUUCCCUUUGGUUAUUCAUUGUCUGAUUAUUGUUUUCACCUGAUGUUCAUUUGGUUAAUUAGUAUGGACUGUGUAUUUAAGCCCUGUGUUUCUUUCAGUUCAGUUUUUGUCACGUUAGGUUUGGUUGUUCUGUUUGUGUUUAUUGUUCCUGAGUUUAAGGAAUAUGUGGACUGGGUACUACUCCGCAACGGUUGCCCCUUUACCAUCUGUGAGAAAGAGGAUGACGACAGCGCACCUUCCACCACCACCAGCCCAGUGACAGACCAGCCUGAGCCCACCCUGAAGCCUGAGGCCAAUGUCGUCCCGGAGUGCGAGCCUGAAGAAUCGUCUGUUGAGGUGUGUGAGCCGGCUACAACAUCAGUUCCUAAGGGGAUACUGGUGGAGUUUGAGGGGAUGAAGUGGAGCCCUAGUCCUUCUACUGCGGCAGAGGAAGAUUCAUUGAUUGAUUGGCCCUUUAGCUCCUCCUGUGCUGCCUCACUAGCUCCGCCAAGAACCUCCAGACCCGAAACUCCACCUCGACCUGUCAAGCAGUCAGCUCCACCUUGGCUCCACCCAGGAUGGUCAUUCCUUCCUCGUUCAUCCGGCUCCGCCCUGGUCAGUCAUCGCUCUACCUGUUCCAUGGACCUUCCAGGACUUCAGCUGCUCUUUGUACCUCCACUCCUUCAGCUCCAGAGGGUUCCUCCUUCCCUCCAGCUCUGCCUUGGUCCUCAGUCGCUCCACCUUUUGUCUCAGUUCUCUGGCUCCACCUCGGUUGCAAGAGAUUAUCAGUGUAAGGGAUUAUCUGUGUUCUUUGUAGGUUUUCACUAGUUUAGUUUCCGGUGUUUUCUGUUAGUUUCCCUGGUUAUUCAUUGUCUGAUUGUUUUCACCUGUUCAGUUAUUUAAUUGGUUUGGACUGUGUAUUUAAGCCCUGUGUUUCUUUGUCAGUUCCCAUCGUGUGCAGUGGUUGUUCUGUUUCUAGUGUUCUGAGUAUUUUGAGCUCUGUUAAAUAUACACCGCAGCAAAAAGAUUAGUUCUCUUAACUUUAUUGCAACCGCUCGUGACAGCGGUGCUAAUAAAUCAAAACGGGUUCAAAAAAGAUUGAAAACGGGUUUCAAAGUGUACGUUUUUAAAAAACGCUCUGUGUAAACAACAAAAACGUCAUGCGCAUUACAUGUUCAGUCUGUAGUGUUUCAUCGGCAUCUAAUGGUCUGCCAGCAGAAUACAGCGUUUUUAGUCAUUUUCAUGGAUUCGUAUGAAUGGGGAUUGUUUUGACAAUGGUAUGUAUGCCGAAAAACCUAUACUUAAAAUGGAGAAGUGUUUCCUUAUCAUUGUCGUGUAAACGUACCCUCACAUGUAUAUUAAUUAGCACUGCAACCUUUGACACAGAAUAUCCCUGUCCAUGGUCCUGAAACUACACAACUCUGUAUAAUAUCUGAUACUGUGCUUAUUUGUGAGCACAAAAUGCAAGUUACUUUAAUGCACCAUAAUUGUUUUCUACAUCAAAUAAAUACGAUAUCAUAUCAUACAGAAUAUCAUAUGUCAGCAUAUCAAAUAUGUAAUAUAAUAAAUCUUUGAUUAGCUUCCAUGAAUGGAAUGAAUGUUAUUUUCUUUAUCACUUUAGUUAUACUGCAGAAUGAAGAAAAACAAUCAAUGAAAUCCAUAAAUAUAAGAAAUUUGUAU